UGCCGCAUCAGCCUCUCGGCCUGUCCCGGGCGUCCGCCCACGCUGCACAUCCUGCCCUGCUCCGACUACGUCUGCUGCCACAUCUCCAUGGCCGUGCGCCUCAUCCCUGCCAUCCCCCUCGGCGACGCGCUUUACCUCACAGCCCUGCCGCCCGAGGGCCCGCACACCCCCCUGGCCCCGGAGGCCCUCUGGGGCCUCAACUUUCGGGACCAGCGGCUGCUGAGCUGGCUGAAGGAGCAGGUCCCGGCCUCCUCCUGCCACCUCAAGUGCCUACAGAUCCUCAAGGGCCUGCGGGACCUCCGCGGGCAGGGCCUGGAAGAGCCCUUCUGCUCCCAGUGGGGCCGGGUGCUCUCCUCCUACGUGCUGAAGACGGCCCUCUUCUCUCUGCUACUGCAGGGGCCCUUGGAGGCCUGGGAUGAGCGGUUCCUGGUGGAGCGGCUGGAGGACCUGGUGCUGUACCUCAGGGACUGCCUGCGCAAGCAGGUGCUGAUGCAUUUCUUCCUGGGCAACACCAGCCUCCCCGAGGCCGUGGUACUGCCCCGCUUCCUCAAGGAAGCCACCCCCGUGAACUUGCUGGCUGCCUUUGACGGGCCCACGCUGGACCUUGUUGCCUUCCAGCUGAUCAACACAUGGAUCCAGGCCCCGCACGUGAUCAGGAUGUACAGUAGCCCCCGGUACUUGCGACCAGCACCCACUCCAUGCCGGCACGUCGCUGAGGCCAAGCAGGAGCCACCGGGAGAGUGA